AUGACGAUAGAUCAGAAUGACCGUUUUGAACUUAUACGAAGUUGGAUCAAACGUCUCAUGUCUCCGUACAGUACCAUAAUGAGUUCCGUUCUUUCCAACUACGGAUUUCCAUCACAAAAAUAUAAACUUAGUAGCAAAACGUUCCAAAACGUAUCAUCUGCUAGCACUGGCAAUCAGUAUUUUCUGAACAAAUAUACCAAUCACAAGGCAACUUUUAAUAUUCUUUCCCAUCUGAAUGACGACAGUCUGAAGGAUAUACCCGAGCCUCAAAAAACGGAGGAAGAUUGUCCGUCACUGUUUCAAGUGUUCCAAAUCAUUUUACCCAAUAUACAAGAGCAGUCCUACAUUGAUACAGCGGCAACAAGGCAGCACAUUGAGGAGAACGCGAAAAGUAGCGUCUUGGAUUACCAAUCAGUCUCUCUACCCGAUGAACUGAACAUAGAGACAAUAAACAGAUCAUAUUCUGCAAAAGUGUUGAAUGAUGCCUCUAAGAUGGUAUUAGCAGAACUGGAACACAUAAAGCUGCAAAAGUCAUCUGUGAAAAGCGAGAUUGCCAACAUCCGGGAGAAACUUGCCAGUUUGCACAACAUGGAAAAACUGAUGGCUCAACGCAUUAAAAUGCUUGACCGAGCUGAGAUACAGUUAAAGAAUUCAGCUGUAACGAUCAAAACUCGCAAGGAGUUUGUUAAAGAGUAUGGACUCGCCGGUAAAGAUGAUUGCCCCGAUGGGCCCUACUAUGGAAAUGGACAAGAUGAUUCGGAGGACGAUAUCUUGAAUAAAUACCUUGCCGAAUCUAACAGUUUUAUAGAUGAUUACCACAUGGAGAAGUUUGAAAAGCCCGGAAGUCUCCCCUCCUCCUCUAUCACGAGUUCACCAACAUUAUUGCCAACGUUCAUACCGGAUGAAUAUACUACGGACAACACGCAAGGCAGCGGACUUUCAAAAUUCUAUGAUGGUCCACAUCGAAAGCAAAAAUUCAUCUCAGAGUCUCUUCAAGAGUUGUACCAACCGGGUACGAACGUCGCCACAUUCCAAAAGGCUCAUAGUGAUGGAAUCUCGAGUUUGGACUUUGACUUUCCCUUUGGAACAAUGAUAACAGCUGGCCACAUGGAUCACACUAUGAAAAUCUGGGACCUAUCUGGCAGAAAACAAAUAGGGCAAUUGCUGGGUCAUAUGGCAAGCGUGAACUGUAUUGAAAUGGACUCCUCUUAUAACUUGGCCGUUAGUGGGAGUAAAGAUGCCACACUAAAGCUUUGGAAUAUUGACCUGGCGACAGAAAAGGCAAAGAAGCUGCUUCCUGAGUUGGAGUCGAGAACUGCAUGUCUGCAUUCUUUCACCUCUCACAAGGGUGAAAUAGUGGCUUUGUCGCUUAGUGGAGAAAGCCUUGUGAGCGCGUCCAGAGACAAGACAAUACGACAGUGGGACUUGAAGUCGGGGAAAUGUGUGCAGAGUUUAGACGUGGCAUUCCCUUCUAGAGACCUGGCGGGGUUGGAUGCAUCUUACUCGAUGCUGAAUCCUCCGGUAGUUGGCACAUUACAGUCGUAUGAAAAUGCGUUAGCCACUGGCUCAAGAGAUGGGCUCAUUAGAUUAUGGGACUUGAGAAUUGGGAAAGUCGUACGGACAAUUCCUGCCCACAAUAGUGCGGUAACAGCAUUGAAAUUUGACACUACGCAUUUAAUUACUGGGUCAUUUGAUAGGACAGCUUUUAUAUGGGAUUUGAGAACCGGUGACUCUGUCUCCAGUUUCAGUUACGAUUCCCCUGUCUCCUCCGUCAAUUUUGACGAGGCGAGGAUUGUGAUCUCUACAGACUCCAUGACCACAGUGUCAAAUAGAAACGGAACAGGACAAUGGCAGUGCCGUCACCCAAUGGAGACACAUUCAGCGGUGUCCACGAGCCAGUACAAAGAUGGCCACAUGAUCGAGGGCCGCUCUAGCGGGACCGUUUCCGUAUGGUCAGUUUAA